AUGAAUUUGAAAAUUAAGUUAGAAAAUAGAAGAAAAGAAGUGAAUACAUGCCUGUGCAUUGGACUAGACCCAGAUGAAGAUGACAUUAAAACCUUUGCAAAAAAUGAGAAGGAAAAUGGUUACAAGAAUAUUAAAAAGAAUUUAUAUCAUGUUAGUAAUAGUAAUUCUGCCACUGAUAAUAUCAGUGUCCGGCUGAAUGUAACUCAAAUGUGGAGGGAAAUGCUAUUCGAAGAAACUCCACCAAAAGAGUUACAAGAAAAAGACGAAUUUUUUUACUUUUUUAACCAUUUUUGUUUUUAUAUAAUCAAUGAGACCAAACAAUAUGCCAUAGCAUAUAAAAUGAAUUUUGCCUUUUAUCUUCCAUAUGGUUCUCUCGGUAUAGAUGUUUUAAAGAAUGUGUUCAAUUAUUUACGCCAGCUUGACAUACCAACUAUUUUGGACAUAAAAAUAAAUGAUAUUGGUAAUACAGUUAAACAUUACAGGAAAUUCAUAUUCGAUUAUUUGAAAAGCGAUUCGUGUACAGCCAACAUAUACAUGGGACCCAGCAUGCUAAAGGACAUUUGUGUUGAUGAAAUAGGGAAAAAAUAUUUCAGCGCCUUCGUUCUUAUUAAAACAACGAACACAGAUGCACAUAUAUUUCAGGAUAGAAUUUCAAUGAAUAACAAACAAGCCUAUAUGCUUAUGGCAGAAGAGGCUCAAAAAAUGGAGAAACAGCUAAACUUAGAACAAAAUAAUGAAUUUGUUGGCUUCGUUGUUGGCUCCAACUGUUUUGAAGAAAUGAAAAUAAUAAGAGAUCAUUUUCCAGAUUCCUAUAUUUUGUCACCAGGGGUAGGUGCCCAGAAUGGCGAUUUGCAAAAAACGUUAAGUAAUGGUUACUGCAAAAAUUAUGAAAAAAUUUUAAUAAACGUUGGGCGUGCCAUAACUAAAAACAGGAACCCCCAAGAAGCGUCGAAGGAAUAUUAUUAUCAGAUUAAGCAGAUCUUGGCCGAACUUCAGGAGUAA